GCGGCGGGCACCGGCCCUCGGGGAAGACGGAUGGGGUGAGAGACAGCGCGCGGUCCGGCUGUCAGCGCGGCCGCAGCCCCGCCGCGGAGGGAGCCCCUCCUCCCGCGGGUGUGCGCCUCUCGCUGCCUGGCCGGCGGGAACCAUGGCGUCCAGCGAGGAGGACGGAGGCGGCAACGGCACGGUGGAGGAGAAAGAGAAUGGCAAGAAGAGGAAGCUGGGCGCCCUGGCCACGGCCUGGCUCAUCUUCUACAACGUCGCCAUGACCGCGGGGUGGCUGGUGUUAGGGAUUGCCAUGGCUCGGUUUUAUAUACAGAAAGGAACGCAUAGAGGCUUAUUCAGAAGCGUUCAAAAGACACUGAAAUUUUUCCAGACGUUUGCUUUGCUUGAGGUAGUCCACUGUGCAGUUGGAAUAGUUCGCACAUCUGUGCUUGUGACUGGGGUCCAAGUGAGUUCAAGAAUCUUCAUGGUGUGGUUCAUUGCACAUAGUAUAAAACAGAUCCAGAAUGAGGAGAGCGUUAUUCUUUUUCUGGUCGUAUGGACUGUGACAGAGAUUACUCGAUAUUCCUUCUACACAUUCAACCUGCUCAACCACUUGCCAUACUUCAUUAAAUGGGCCAGAUACAACUUUUUUAUCAUUUUGUAUCCUGCUGGAGUUGCAGGUGAACUGCUAACCAUAUAUGCUGCUUUACCCUAUGUGAAGAAAACAGGAAUGUUUUCACUGAGGCUUCCCAACAAAUAUAAUGUCUCCUUUGACUACUAUUACUUCCUUAUUAUUGUCAUGUUCUCCUAUGUGCCGUUAUUUCCACAACUCUACCUCCACAUGCUGCGUCAGAGAAGAAGGGUGCUUCAUGGAGAAGUGAUUGUGGAAAAGGACGACUGAACCCAGCUGUAACUAUGGUGCUUCUAAUGGAAAGAAAAGAGGGUAAAAAAUCCAAAACUUCCUGUGAUUUCUGAGUCCAAGUUUUAAAACAUGGAACAAGAAUAAAAAACUGUGCAUAAAAUAGUAUGGACUGUAUUAUUUUUACAAUUACUAUAUCUUCAGGCUUAUCUUUUCCUCUGUGGUGUCAGUUCGAUUUUUAAUUGUUCAAUUCUUCCAACAAAUUGUUUUCUUAUUUUCAGUAGGUUGACAAUUAGCUUUAAGAACUGGAAUAGUUGGCUAUUAUGCUUUCAUCAAGAACAGGAGAGCUGAUAAGUUGUACUGAAAAUGAGUCUUCUGGAAAACAGCAUGAAUUAGGUGAUGAUGUUUUUCAUAGGCUGAGUGACUUAAAUGUUAUUUAGCUUUAUAUUUAAUACUGUUCUAGUUACAAGUACUGUUAGCAUGUUGUUCAACAUUCUUUGAGUCACAGGAUUAUGCCACAGAGGACUUUUGAAAGGAGCUGAAUACUUGAUUGUCGGUGCAAAUUUAGAUCUCUCUCUAUUUUCAUUUUUAAUUGUCAAGAUAUGUAGGAUGUUAGGUAAAAUAUCAACUGGUUAAAAGUUUGUGCUGAGGGGUAGGCUGGAUGUGCCUACCUUUCUCUGAGCUGUGGCUGGAAUGAGACUCAUUUGCAGAGGAAGACUGAUU